AUAUAUUUGAUGAUCUUGUUCGAUCUUCUAAUGAUACUGAAUCUAAUUUAGAUACUUUGUCAAAUCAAUUGUUACGAGUUGAGGUAACGGAGGAGGAAUCAUUUAUUGAAAUAUUAAAAAAAUUUAAUUUGUAUUACAAAUUACCAUCUCGACAUUAUAUUAGUUCAUAUGUUGUAAAAUUAUUUCAAAAUCAACAAAAAGAUUUAAAUGAAGAUCUACAAAAUAUUUCUAAUAGGGUCAUAUUAACAACUGAUAUAUGGAU